AUGACUUCUUUUGAACAUUUUGAAAAAAAGUUGGAUAAGUUACAAGACGACGUGAAAACUCAUGGACAGACUCUGUCCGAUCUUCGUAAUAUGGUGACAGUACUUUCUGCUGGAACACUCGCAAGUGCUGACGGCAAGUCUGACGACUAUAGGCGUCCUGGAAGAAAGACAACAGCAAUCCAAUAUGAAGAUAAAACACACUUAGAGGACUCUACAAGGUCAAAGAGGAGGAAUGCGAGUCAGCCCUUGCCAAACAAAUUAAAAGCGAAAAGUAUACCAAGCCAGAAGAUGAAAACACCAUUGAUAUCACCGAUCCAAGUCCACGUUCAUAAUUGUUCAGAAGUGAGUGCAAAAAGUGUGGGGUUGAAGCAUGCACAAAGACAUAUGAAAGCGGAGGCCCCUCGUAAAGCCACCACAAUAAGGUCCCAAAAAACAUUAGAAAAGAAACGAAGUAAAAUGACAAAAUAA